AGGGCGGUAACAAAAGCGACUCAGCGGUGGGCCGGAGACGUCCCCAGGUUGAGAGGGCACCUAUUCAAACACCGGUGCCCGGAAUUGAGGGGAACGUCUCCGGCCGGAGGUCCCAGCCUUGGGCGGAAGUGACGCCAGGCAUAAUUUCCUGCGGGCUGUGUAUAUAAGCGGGUGGAUUGCACCUGCUUCUUCCCCAUUGCUAUCGGAUCUUCCACGGAGAGAUGACGGCUUCCAAGUACAGGUAUCGUUGCCCUCUUUGUAAGGUGAAAUACCGCCAUAUGAGAGAUCACCUCGAAGACACCCACGGCGUCAAGAACAAGCGGGAGCGGCGCAUCCUGCUUGCCCAGGCAACGGGCAGGGUCUCGGUACGGGGGAUGCCCUGCCCGCUGCCCGGCUGCCGCUACCAGGGUUCGUGGGUUUACCACCACUUGCUCGAGGGCCACCGCGACAUCAGGCAGGCGGAGAAGAGGCGGGCCCUUCGGGUUUUGCGACGGAGGCGGACUGUCCAGCUUUUGAGGGAGCUCCGAGCGACCAGACCACACCCACGCCUUGCUUCGCGGCUGGAUCUGGACGCCCAGGAGCAACCGGCCUCUCCAGCUCGCAGCCCACCAUCUCCGGCGAGGACACCAUCGCCGGGAGGCCCGCCCCGCUCUCCACCGGCCUCUCCAGGGCCCAGACCACCAUCUCCGGGCAGGACACCAUCCCCGGAGCGCUCUCCACCAGCCAGCAGACCACCUCUGGCCAGAACACCAUCCCCGGAGCGCUCUCCACCACCGGCCAGCCCACCACCUCUGGCCAGAACACCAUCCCCGGCAGCUAGCUCUCCAGCAGCGAGCCCAGCUCCCUCUCCACCGGUGAGCCCGCCCCGCUUCUCACCUUCUCCGCCCCGGCCUUCGCCGGACCGGCUGCCGCCCUCUGGCCGCCAGCAGGACGACGAGGAGGAGGAACGCCAGCUCCCUACCUCCACCACGGUUGGUAGAACGCUCGAUUUCCCUGUGGUUGUAGACAGGUACCUGGAUGAGUACAGGACACAUCUAGUCGGUGCUAUGCCCUCUUCAAAGCACCUCGAAAAUGUUACCUCAAAGAUGGGAAGAUUGCGGGCCUUCCUGGCCCACAUGGCCUCGGAGAAGACCGGGCUCGGUUCCUGGAGGUUCCUUAACGACGCAGCGCGCGUCCUCAGUUGGCCGGCAGACCUGACCGGCCGGGGUAGGGCCAUAACCACUGUCAAAGUUUACCUUGUGAACGUCCGACAGUUUAUGACAUACUUCUCCGAGACACCACCGCGGAGCUCCAGGCUUUCAAAGACACAGAUUGUGUCCAUCAUCCGAGCCCUGAAGCAAGCGAACAACCAGAUAGGAACGCCCGUGCUUCUGCAACAACUGCGGGUGAUGGGGGAAAAAGUGCAGCGCUGUGUAACCCCAGACAUUCUCCGCAGGUGCUUUGGCCAGUGUCACACCUGGAUCCCGAGGCUUUUAGAGCGAUCAUCGCGGAGGAGGGACGACAUUUCGCUCAGACACCUACUCUAUGGGUUUCUCGCGACCUUCCUGGCUUCCACCUCCGGCCAUCGAGCAGGGGUCGUAACCAACAUGACGGUGCAGGAGGUGGGGGAAGCUAGGAGGUCGUCGUCCCCGGACUCUCCCGGGGUGGUAAUCAAUGUUACCAACCACAAGACCGCAAGGGCCUUUGGCUGUGCCCAGUUGUUCCUGACGCACGAGGAGUUCGGCUGGUUCGAGGCGUGGAUGCGCAUCCGAGCAAAGCUGAAACCCAACACCGACCUCGUAAUGUUCAACACCAAUCACCGGCGCGUUAACAACAUCACAGCCUUCGCCAGGAGGGCAUGGAAGGCCAUGAUGCUACCUGGUAAUCCUUCACUCACAGACCUGCGUACAGCUGUGGCCACGAUGUCCAGAAACACACAAUGCAGCGACGUACGCAACCAGAUGUCAAAGGUCAUGUGCCACGACACUCGGACCGCCGACAAGUUCUACGCCCUCCAGCUAGAUGUCAACCAGAUGGCUGAGAUGCGGAGAAGAUUCGACCAAGCCCGGGAAACAGCUCCGGAGCCUGCAUUUCCGCCUUCCCAAUGACUGAAUAAACUUUGUGCAACUGA